GAACAGGUUCGAUUUAAUGGCUUUGGAAUUUUUCUCUUCAUUAUUUAUCCUGGAGCAUUUGUUGAUCUGUUCACCACUCAUUUGCAACUUAUAUCACCAGUCCAGCAGCUAAGGAUAUUUUGUGCAGCCUUUUAUCCCCACGGACUUUGUCACCCGCCAGCUGCUCAGUAGGCAAAAUCUCCAGAGCUCUUCUUAGCCAUGCCGUCAGAUGAAGUCAUCCAUAUUCCCACAGAAAACACGGGGACACUUAUAGGUACUGUGGAGCUUGACCAGACCCUUAUGUAUGAAGCCGUCCCUGUGGAGACUGUCCCUGUGAAGGCCAUUAUUUUAGAGGCCAUCCCUGUGGAAGCUGUCCCUGUGGAGGCCGUCUCUGUCGAAGCCAUCCCUAUGGAAGCUAUUCCUAUGGAGGCCAUCCCUGUGGAAGCUGUUCCUGUGGAGGCCAUCCCUGUGGAAGCUGUUCCUGUGGAGGCCAUCCCUGUGGAAGCUGUUCCUGUGGAGGCCAUCCCUGUGGAGGCCAUCCCUGUGGAAGCUGUUCCUGUGGUCACCACAAUGACGGGAACCAUCAAGGCAUACGAGAUUAUCAGUAGCAGCUCUGUCCAUGGUGGCCACCACUAUCCACCUCUUACAGUGCUGCCGCUCCUCAUUAGCAGCAACCCAAACCAAGGGGAACAUGACCAGGAAAUGAUUAUGGUGCAGACAAAGGAGGAAGUGGGAGAAUGCUACGAGUCAGACAAACUGCAGGCCAACAGCAGCUCUAAGGACCAGGUGGUCACACCAGUCGAUGAAGACAACUGCUUCCAGCCGACCAUGGCUUCCUUGUCAGCCUCCACAUCAUCAGCAGCCAGCAGCCACAGCCAGAAGCCCAGGAGCGGUCUAAAGAGCCACACCAGCAGCAAGGCCAGAGCGAAAAGCAGCAGGUCCAAGGUGAGCCGCAAGAAGAGGAAGCAAAAGAAGGUGCGUUCCAAAACCGUGGAGGGUGAGAUCUCCAUCACCAAGGGUUCUCCAAGUGAUAAACAAGAUCAUGAAACUGGACAGAUUGAGAACUCACUUCCUGAUUUAUCACAGUACCUGAAAGGGAAGAAGCUUCCUCCUGAAGGAAUACCUGGCAUCGACCUCUCAGACCGCAAGCAGCUGGAAACAUUUACUAAAGUGAAGGUCAAUCAAUGCAAAGAUGGUGCUCCAAAAACAGUAGCUUGUACUCAUGAAGGCUGUGUAAAGAUGUUCAAUAAUAACUCUACUAUGAGAAAACAUCUGCAAAGCCACCGUCCCAGAGAGUACGUAUGUACAGAAUGUGACAAAGCAUUUAUUGACAACUCAAAACUAAAACGGCAUCAACUGGUGCAUAGCGGAGAGAAGCCAUUUCAGUGCAUGUUUGAAGGCUGUGGAAAACAUUUUUCCCUGGAUUUCAAUUUGCGUACACAUAUGCGAAUCCAUACAGGUGACAGGCCAUACGUGUGUCCUUUUAAUGAUUGUAACAAGAGCUUUACUCAGUCAACUAACCUGAAAUCUCAUAUCUUAACACAUGCUAAGAAAAAAAAUGGCCGAAAGAAAAAAGACCGUUCUUAAACUCAGGAAGCUCCUUCGAGAAGUGCAAUUGGAAGAAAAUAUGCUUCUCUUUUGUAUUUUGUUUCUAGGAAAGGUUCUAAAUUCAUACAUACACAUCUAGGAGUCAUGUUUUAAUAGAGUAGUAAAAAAAAGUAAAAAGUAAAAAAAAAAUCCUCUCUAUAACAUUGUUAAGAUUCUCUUUCUUGUAUUGUAAUACCAUUUGAAAAGCAUGGUGGUCUUGUAAUGUUUAGUCCCGCCAGGAGGAUCAUCAAAAGAUAGUUCUUGCCAACUGCCAAAAAUAGGACUUAUGUUUGCAUCCUUUUAAAUAUUAAGUUUACAUGUUGUUUAUGACUUCAGAAAGUUCUUUAUUUUGCAAAUGUUCAUGAUUACACUUCUGGGAAUAUAAUUAGUAAUUCUAUAUGUGGCCUUUCUAGAGGUUGGUUAAUUUGCUGGCAGUAGAUGUUAAAAGAAUUAAGUUACAUGUAUAUGUAUACACUUUCUUGUUUUAAAAAAAAUAACUUUUUUUGCUAUCUUUAUUUUGGUUGUAGUCUUUGAUGGUAACACAAUUUGCAGAACUAUUUUAGCUGCAUUAAGUUGUGUAGUAUUGAAUAUUACUGAUUUAGUGGUAUUAUCAAUGGAAGCCUAUUUUAUUUCUCUAAAAUUCUCCCAGGUACAUGCAGUGUAAUUCUUUGCCUGUUCAGUUAGAAAGUGGUGCUCAGCUAUAUAAUGUCUUGUGUACAUGUUCACUUUUUAACACUUGAUAUGUACAUCUGGUGUAAUAGAAAAAGCAAAAAUAAAAAACCUGAAGUCAGAAAAAAA